AUGGCUGCUAGUACCAGAGAUAUAUGUGAUUUUAACCUGUACGAUACUACAAAAAUGCAUGAUGAGGAAGCCGAGGAUGACAUCUCUAUGCAGCUUGUCAUUCAGCAAAGCCUGCAUGACAUACCCGGGAGCAAGACGGUGACUAUUGCAAAGAGUGACAGCUUUUGUUUCACAACAACUCCAGAUUACAGAAAGAUCAUCACUGCCAUUCGGACAGUUAAAUCUUUCAUACUCAUAACAGGUGAAGAAGAGUCUUUACUUCAGUUGAUGAGGAAUGGACCUGCUUUUCAGGAAGUAGACGCUCAAGGUUGGCUUCCUCUUCAUGAAGCAGCAGUACAACCAAACAAGACUAUUCUAGAAAUUACUUUGAAAGCCUCACACCCUACUGUCUGGCAACGGACCAACCUGAAAGGAGAAACUCCUCUGUUUCUAGCUGUGGACAAAUGCCUUGUGGAAAAUGUCAAUGUCCUGCUAAUCAAUGGGUUUGAUCCUGAUACUAAGAAUGAAGAAGAAGAUUCUGCUUUAAUUAUUGCAAUUAAACAUGAAUCGUAUGAAAUUGCUUCCUUAUUGAUACAAUUUGGUGCCAAUGCCAAUCUACAGUGUAUCAACAAAAGGACAGCUUUACAUGAGGCAGCCAGAUUAGGCUUGAAAGAUAUGGUGGAAUUAUUGCUUUGGUCGAAAGCAGAUCCAGAUCCACGAAGUUCAUAUGGGCUCACCCCUCUAGCAUUGGCAGCACAGAAUGGGCAUACAGAAAUUCUGGAACUCCUACUGCGCAAAGGUGCCAACAUCCUUUCCCAAGCAUCAGAUUCUGCAUCUAUAUUAUUUGAGGCUGCUGGAGGAGGAAACCCAGAUUCCAUCUCUCUCCUACUAGAAUAUGGAGCUGAUGCCAAUGUACCAAAGCAAUCCGGUCAUCUUCCUAUCCAUAGAGCUGCUUAUAGAGGUCAUUUCUUGGCUUUACAGAUUUUGAUCCCAGUCACGGAUAUCAGUGCCAUAAAGGAGAGUGGAAUCAGCCCACUUCACUCGGCGGCAGCAGGAGGACAUUCUCAGUGUCUUGAAUUUCUACUCAAAUCUGGGUUUGAGGCUAAUUUUAUGUUGCAUCGAAGAAUUCAGAAAAACUACGAUGAUGAGAGAAGGUCAGCCCUGUAUUUUGCAGUCUCUAAUGGGGAUAUUAAGUCCGCUCAUUUGCUCCUGGAUGCCGGAGCCCUACCAAAUCAAGACCCCGUUAAUUGCCUCCAAGUGGCCUUGAGAAUGGGUAACUAUGAACUCAUCAGUCUCCUGCUUCGCCAUGGAGCCAACGUGAAUUACUUUUGUAGAGUCAAUACCACCCAUUUUCCAUCGGCCUUACAGUACACACUGAAAGAUGAAGUCCUGUUAAGGAUGUUGCUGAAUUAUGGAUACAAUGUUUCCAGCUGUUUUGAUUGUCCUCAUGGAGACAGCAAGCAUUCCAAGUACUUAUUUGAAGGGUGGACCUCAACUGUUAUCAAAGACACAAUGUUCUGUGAAGUGAUUACACUGUCAUGGUUAAAGCACCUGUCCGGGAAGGUGGUGCGAGUGAUGCUAGACUAUGUAGAUCAUAUUAGAAUAUGCUCUAAACUUCAAGAUACUCUUCGAGAACAAAAACUGUGGCCAGAAAUCAAUGCAAUUUUGUCAAACACACGUUCUUUGCAACAUCUUUGCCGUCUGAGAAUCCGGAAAUGCUUAGGACGUUUACGUCUGCGCUGUCCUGUCUUCCUGACAUUUCUGCCAUUACCAAACCGCUUGAAAGAAUAUAUCCUCUAUAAGGAGUAUGACCUCUAUGGACAAGGACAUCUAAAAGGAAUCUACUAA